AGGGGUGCGGGGGCGGGCGCGGGCGGAGCCUGGGAGGGGAGUGUCCCGGCGGCCGCCAGCCCUGAAAGCCCCAGUGCCAGCGCUAGACAAACGCCGGCGCUGACAUGGGCCGCCAGCCCUGCCGCCGCGCGGAGCCCACCGAGGGGGUUGCGCAGCCGCGCCCGCCCAGCGCUCGGGUCUCUGGGGACAGAGCCCUAUGAUCUUCUCGCGACUCCCCCCGCAGUACGCUGGACUUGGACUUCAGAUCUGAACCCAGACCCAUCUGCUACCUGGGGAAGGCCCUGCUCCCCACAGUCCGGCAAGAUGCCCAUCCUCAAGCAGCUGGUGUCCAGCUCGGUGCACUCCAAGCGCCGUUCCCGCGUGGACCUCACGGCCGAGAUGAUCAGCGCCCCACUGGGCGACUUCCGCCACACCAUGCACGUGGGCCGGGCCGGAGACGCCUUUGGGGACACGUCCUUCCUCAAUAGCAAGGCUGGCGAGCCCGACGGGGAGUCCCUGGAUGAACAGGCCUCCUCCUCCUCGUCUUCCAAACGCAGCCUCCUGUCCCGGAAGUUCCGGGGCAGCAAGCGGUCACAGUCGGUGACCAGAGGGGAUCGGGAGCAGAGGGACAUGCUGGGCUCCCUGAGGGACUCGGCCCUCUUCGUCAAGAACGCCAUGUCCCUGCCCCAGCUCAACGAGAAGGAGGCCGCAGAGAAGGGCUCCAGCAAGCUGCCCAAGAGCCUGUCGUCCAGCCCCGUGAAGAAGGCCGCCGCUGGGGAGGGCGGCGAUGAGGAGGCGAGCGUGGGGGAGGGCGUGCCCCGUCGGAACGGGGCCGUGGGCCCCCACUCCCCCGACCCCCUCCUCGACGAGCAGGCCUUUGGGGACCUGACGGAUCUGCCCGUCGUCCCCAAAGCCAGCUACGGGCUGAAGCACGCGGAGUCCAUCAUGUCCUUCCACAUCGACCUGGGGCCGUCCAUGCUGGGCGACGUCCUCAGCAUCAUGGACAGGGAGGAGUGGGACCCCUCAGAGGAGGACGGCAGUUACCACGGCGACGACGGCCCUGGCACUGUCACCCAGGCGUCCCCUCCUGUCUCGGUGGCCCCUCCUGCAGCAAGGCAGGAAGGCAAGGCCGGCCCGGACUUGUCUUCCCAUGCUCUGGAGGACGAGGGGUGGGCGGCGGCCGCCCCCAGCCCUGGCUCGGCACGCAGCGUGGGCAGCCACACCACGCGGGACAGCAGCUCCCUCUCCAGCUGCACCUCGGGCGUCCUAGAGGAGCGCAGCCCUGCCUUCCGGGGGCCAGACAGGGCCCGGGCCGCUCUCCCCAGGCAGCCGGACAAGGAGUUCUCCUUCAUGGAUGAGGAGGAAGAGGAGGAGGAGAUCCGUGUGUGAGGCGGGCAGCAAUAGCCACUCCAAGGCUUGGCUGCAUCUUCUCCCUGCCCCCACCCCACUAUGACCUUUGACCUUACUGUGCAGGGGCAGCCAAGAGCCUUGUGUGUCAGGCCACAGACCCUGGACCUCGUGGAUGAGGGGCAUCAGCCUGGCCUGAGGGCCCUCGGGGGACUUGGGGAGCUGGCGCGGUGCCACGCUGUCUUCAUUACGCCACACCCUGCCAUCCCUGAGGCUGCAUCAGGUGAGGGCUGUGUCCUCGAAGUAGGAAUCAGUUUUCCUCUCUCAGCCUCGCUUUCCUGCACCCUGGCCUCAAAUGAAUGCCAGAUGUCAACCUGAGUUCCUGCCACAUACAACUGCAGCAGGUCAGCCCAGAGGCGGCCUUGGCUCCGGGGCUUGGGACACCUGACUCUCCUUUUCCCUACUGGUAUUUCUGCGGUGACCAGUGGUGGCAGCUGGUGAAGCGUGCGCAGCAGAAGGAAGGCGGUGGUCACACUCCUUGGCCCUGGCUCCUGCACCAGCAGCCCAGACCCCCUUGGAGCUGAGCUGGACUGGGGUGGGGUUGGGGGACGGUCCCCAAUGUGUACACUAAACGCAGCCCCUUCCAGGGGAUGAGAACAGGACAAAAACUGAAGGAAAGCCCCAGGCUUCUUGGAUUUUCAAGAAGGGACCCUUCCAGGAUGACACUAGGAACAGGGGCUGGGGCACUCACUGCUCAGUCUCUAGGGGUUUGCUUGUUCUUUAUUAAUAUGUUUAAAUCCUCAUAGAGCAAUAUCAGAACAGUGUCCCAGUAGGCCUGCCCCCAGAGGGAGAGCAAAUCCUUUUAGAAAACCUUGAUACUAAGUCUCCUCUUGGAAAUUCACAGUGACUAUUAGCACACUUAAGUCUGGGGACAUCCUUUGACAAAGAAACCAGCUCAACUUUAACUAGUGCUUCCAAACUUUAUUUAGAGUUAUAUGGGGGUGUCUGUGUGUUUGUUCCCCCACCCCAUAGCUAUUAACAGCUGAAGAAGGCCAGUGUAGAAAAGUUCUGAAGAAUGAUUUUUUAAAAGAAUAUUUCAUUCCUAGGGGGGAAGCUGUUCUUGGCAGGGUUGUGCCCUCCCCUCGCCCUCCCCUCCCCCUCCCGCACACCCUGGCUCUGGCUACUUCCCCUUCCUUUCCCAGGCCCCGCCCCCACUUCUGCAGCCAGGGCCCUGAGGGUAGGUUUGGCAGAUAGAGCAAAAAACAAAACAAAAAACCAGAAUGCUGCGUUGAAUCGGGAUUUCAAGUAAACAAAAGAUCAUUUUUUUAGUAUUAAUAUGCCCCAUGCAAUAUUUGGAACAGACUUAUACAAAGAAAUUAUUUGUCAUUUUCCUGAAAUUCAGGUUUCACUCUGUAACUCUACCCGAGGGUAUGGAGCAGAAAGCAGCUUGGGUGGGAGCCCCAGGGCGCACUGCCGCUGGCUUUUCUGUCCUGGGAACAGGCUGCCCCGCCUCCCUGGUUUCCACGUAGCCAGUGCAGGAGAGGGAGGGACAGCACUAACUGCCACCCACUAGGGAGGGGCCGCGGGGCUCUGGCUUCCCUUUUUUUGCCAGGACGUGAUUCGGAGACACUAACUUAGCUCCUGACUCGGUGCCCUGUUGGUGCUUCUGUUCGUAGUAGCUCAGCUCCCACGGUGGGGGAGGCGCAGCCCCCGCCAGUUGCCCUUGAAACCCACCCAGGUCGGUUCCAGAUUCUAAACUGUGUAUUUUUUUCAUGAUAUUGUUAAAACAGUGAGGAAACA